CAUUCAGCCAGAAGGGAGGAUCUGCUUGGCCCAACCCGCCAAGCAGGCUUGGGCCAACCCACCGGGGCUCCCUGGUUUUUCCACUGACACAUGGUCCCAAGGAGGAGAUGCUGCGCCAGAACUACAGCCAUGACAGCGAGGCAGCAGUUAAUCGCAUCAUCAACCUCAAAAUGUACUCAUCUUAUAACUACCUGUCCAUGUUCUACUAUUUUGAUCGUGAUGAUGUAGCACUUCACCAUGUGGCCGAGUUCUUCAAGGAGCAGAGUCACGAGGAAAAGGAACUUGCUGAGAAAUUCAUAAAAUACCAGAACAAGCGUGGUGGACGUGUCGUUCUACAGGACAUCAAGAAACCAGAGCGAGAUGAAUGGGGAAACCCAUUGGAUGCCAUGCAAGCAGCUCUGGCCUUGGAGAAGACUGUUAACCAGGCUGUAUUGGAACUGCAUAAUGUGGCAACAGAUCGUAAAGACCCCCAUCUCUGUGACUUUUUGGAGUCUGAGCAUCUGAGAGAACACGUGGAGCACAUCAAGAAGAUAGGACACCAUAUUACCAACUUGAGGCGCCUGGGGCUCCCCAAUAAUGGCAUGGGUGAAUACCUAUUUGACAAGCAUAGUAUGGAGGGAAGCAGCUGAAGCCAGCACAUCAGUGUGAACGCAGGAACGUCGGGAAAGUUAGUUUUCUAAUAUCAUGUUAUCUGGCUGAUCUGCUAUGACCAUAUGAUUGCAAUGAUAUAGUAAAGGUUCCUGUGCCACUAUACGAGUUGCAUCAGUA